GCGCGGCCGUGCGGAAGGCUCUCAUCUCCCAACCCGGAGUCAGCUGCCAUGCCCGCUCGCUGCGUGGCCGCGCACUGCGGCAACACCACCAUGUCCGGGAAGUCGCUGUUCCGCUUCUCCAAGGACCGGGCCGUGCGGCUGCUGUGGGACCGCUUCGUGCGGGGCCGCCGCGCCGACUGGUACGAGGGCAAGGACAGGUCGGUCAUCUGCCCCGACCACUUUGCUCCCGCCUGUUUUGACGUCUCUUCGGUUACGAAGAACCUGCGCUUCUCCCGGCGCCUGAGGCUCGUGGCGGGCGCCGUGCCCACCGUGCACCGGGUGUCCUCCCCGGCACCUAAGGAGCAAGAAGAGGGAGACGGAGCGGGCGGCCCCGAGAAGAGAGGAGAGCCCCAGGCAGUCAGGCAGCCCGAGGCUGCCCCGGGGCCAGCCUGCUGUACACUCCUCCGGGCCAGGAAGAGGGCUGCAGCUUCACAGAUUGCACAUGAAAAUCAAGUUAUACAAACACAAGUCCAUGCUGAUACUAAUGAUGUCACUUCAGUACCUACUCACUGUGAGGAAGGCCCAGUGCACAAAAGUACACAGAUAUCUCUGAAGAGACCCCCUCACUACAGUGUGGGUAUUCAGGCCAAAGUGAAAGUGUUUGGAACACGACUAUGUAAUGCAACUACUCAGACUGAUGAAUUGUGGUCUAGAACGUCCCUCUUUGACACUUACUCCAGUGACUCAGAAACAGAUGAGGACUGGGAUAUCAAGAGUGAACAGAGUGAUUUGUCUUACAUAGCUGUACAGGUAAAAGAAGAGACCUGUUAACGCAACAUCAAAUGAUUGAUGUGCUCUAGGUUUUCAAAUCUUUACUCACAUAAUUAUCUCUUUGCUCUUGUAAAUCUUUCACCUCAAGAUAACUUGACAGUUGAGUAUGCAGAAUUUAUUUAGCUCUAAGGGAAAAAUUUGCCUGUCUGCCAAGAUAAUAAAGGUAGUCCCGCCCACACCUCCCCACCUUUUUUUCUUUUUACUUUUUAUACUUUUGGUGCAAAUCAAGUCAUAAAACAAAACCACAGUAGCAGCAUUGCCAGAUCAAGAUUAAGCAUUGACUAUUUAAGCUUAGUUCAGAAGCAACGCUGAUAUGGGACUUACUUGACACUCAUGAGUUAGAAUGUCACUGUUCUAAAUAAUUUGAAGGUGAAGAGCAUAACAGUGAGCACAGCUAGGUCUGAUACUACUCAAUGAUUUGAGGGUAGAACCAGGACAUUUACCCUUGAUUAUUAUUUUCUAUGUUAUUUAUUUUUUAGUCUGUCCAGUUGUAAUACUAUUACAUCUAUGAAUCAGUCCCUGUGAGCAUUUCUGGUGAAGCUAUGUCAUUUACAGAAAAAUUUCAAAGGGAAUCAGUUUAAAUAGAGAUAGAAUUUCAUAUACUUAGAUUACCUUGAUAAUGAAAUCCGUUUGCAUCAGUUCCUGUUACAUCAAAUUAAUUAGAUUAAUUUAGAUAGAAAUUAUUAACAGCAUGCAAAAAGAAGUAUUACAUUUCUAACAUAUCCCCAUUUUAGAAAUUAGGUUUUCCUCUACCAAUACCACUUUGGGAGAGAAGCAUGUGAAACUUAGCUGCCCUAUCUGCCAUUCACCAGGAAAAUUUCUAUGGCGGUUUUGUACCACGAGGUAAUUUAUUACAGUAGUUUCUGAGAAACUUAUUAUAACUCUGAUCUUGUAUUGAAAAUAAUAAAAAUAAAUGUCCAUUUUACAUCUCACAUGUCCUGUUAGUUCUGCAUGAUUGGAAGAAC